AACAUACUGUUGUACGACAGCGGAAGCAAAAUCGAUGAACAAUAAUGAAACAAUAAAGAAAUUCAAUGCAAAUAAUAAGAAAAUGACAAAAGAGAUUUAACGUGGUUCACUAUCUGUAAUACCCCAGAUUUAGCUUGAAAAAGGAAUUGAUAGACUACUCAUAUCAACAAGGUGCAUUUUCUUUUCUAGGGAGCCCAUUUGCUAAGAACUCCACAGUUAAGCGUGCUUGGUGGAGAGCAAUCUUAGGAUGGGUGACCUCCUGAGAAGUUUUCCCGGGUGCGCACGAGUGAGGCCAAAGUGCGCUGGAAAGACUUGUGUUGGUUUGUGGGGCUAGUCUACAGUCUCCAAGAGUAGUCACCAGCGGUCCGAGGGGCCGGAGUGUUACACUAUCAAUGUGUUAACUACGUCCACCAGCACAAAGAUCAAAUAAUUUCACUAUAAUUACAAAGAAUUUACAAGAUAAAUUACAAUAACACUCACAAAUAACAAUGGCUCUCUAGUGAUCUGUCUCUCAAUUUGUGAAUAAUGAACCUAGUACUAAUAAGAGGUAGUAUAUAUAUAAUAAAACCAAAAUAAAAGAAAACUUGGGCUCCAAGUAUCCAUAAAUAACCGGCCAAGAAAAAAGGAAACUGCUCCACGUGAGAAAUAACCGUCACUUGCGAGCCGCGUACAACUUCGUGAGCCGCGACUUGAAAACAAAACGUUCUCUGCGCCCCCCGGCCUUCUCCGCGCCCCACGCACCUGUCUUUUUAACCCAUCUUCUUGAUUCAUCUUCUUCAAUAAUACUUACUAAUUUGAGUCACCAUUCACAAUACAUAUAUUCCCAUCUUGCAACAUGAAACCAACUAGCAAAAAGCAAUGAUCUAGCUAAAACCAAUGCGCCAGUUGUUGUACAACAAAGUAUUAUUUUUGUAAGGAAAGUUCCACAAGAGCAUCUUAAGAAAAUAAUUAAAAAAACAAAUAAAAAAAAUAAAAAAAAAACUCACUUUGAUUUGUGUAAUGUGGCAGAUGGAAGGGUAUGAAUAAGGAGUUGUAAACUGGCAGUGGCAAAACCUCAAGAUAUGCUUUGGGGGUGGGGGUGUCAAGUUGAAUAGUGUAUUUCAUUAAAAUACCAAAAAAGGCAACCAAGUUGUAUUUAAAAUAAACUCUAAAAAAACACACAAGAACACCACCACUAUCAUGCCAAUGAACCAUAAAAUACUUCUCUGUUUUAAGUGUUUUUUUUCUUCUAAUAAAACUUAAUUUUUGAUACACUAAAAUCUUAAUAAAUAUUCAAACAAAUAAAUAAAAAUAAAUAAUGUAUAUUUUAUUACCUUAUUCAAAUGAAAAAAUAGUAUGUUUUUUAUUUCGAUAGAGUCAAAGAUUUAUCGUUUUUUAAUUUGGAUUAUGAUAAACUACAAUAAAUUGACUUAUUAUAUUGUGUACUUCUUAUUUAAAUAAAUUUACAUAUGAUAUUUGCUGUCAAUGGUGAAUCAAAAACAACCUCUUUGUUAAUAUUAUCACUAACAAACUCCACCUACAUGAGAGCCACUAUAUUUUUCAGAACAAGAAUAGCAGUAAAACUGAUUGUCUUGUAAAACAUCAUACAUCACCAGAUUCCCGAUUUCUUAUUAAACAUUAUCAUCACUUUAUUGUUCAACAAUGUGGAUUCUCCAACACAAAUGUUAACAAAAGUUGUCAAAACAUAUCUAAACUGAUCCUUCAUGCUCUUGAGUUUGUACAACGGAUAUGGAUGUUAUCAAAAGAGACAUAAAUUGUGAUCAGGCAUAAAUAAAGAGUGUUGGGAUAAUUUUUAUUAAAACAAAAUGGAGGAAACCUAAUAGAUCGGACGAAAUAGGAUAUUGUAGCAACUCAUGGACAAAGGGAGUAUUUAAUAUCAUAAGCUAGUCAUUAUUACUUAUUCCCACUAGAUAGUCAUUACUCCAUUGCUCAUCAGCAAACCAUUUUCCAUUAGAAGUUAGUACAUCUAAGCUCUAUUCUCACGAGCUAGUCAUCAUGAUUUGCAUGAAAUAACCCACUAAGCUACUAACUGCAUCAUCUUAAUUCCUUAUCAACUUCACAUAAUUUUUCAUAUGAUCAAGCUUAUCAAUUAUGAUAGGAACUUUUGCUUAGUUACUGUUUUCAUCAAAACUUCAAGCAAUUUCGUGCUAAAUAUAUGCAAACCCUGCAUUAAGCAAAGACACAACGGUACUGUUUUUUUUUUUCUGAAAAAAAUGUUUAGUUUUACUUUAAUUUUCCUUGUAUCAACAUAGAUAAUAAUUACUUCUUUAAAGUUCUAUAUGUAAUGAAUUCAGAAAAUGGUUUCUCUUUCUGAGAUGCUAUUACCUGAAAGAUGUUGUUUAUCUUUGCUUAUUCAGAAAACAAUGGAGGAUGUGUGGACUCUAUUUUGUGGGCGUUCCAGCUGUGCAGUAAACAGUUCUGAGCCUUGUAGUCUUCAGUUUCUAUCUAUCACUGAUCCUUCUUCAUGUGUCAACCAUGCUUUCAUGGUUUGUUUUGAUACACUACUUCUGGUAGUCCUCUUAUUUAACUUCCAUAGCAAAACAUCCCGGAACCUUGAGCUAAAAGCUAAGUGUAGACAGUUAUCAAACCUACAAAUAUUAUCAGUUAUUUUUAAUGGCUCUUUGGGACUUGUUUACAUUGGUUUUGGUAUUCGUGUUUUCGUGGGAAACUGGAGAAAUGAUCAUUCUAUUUCACCAGUUCAUUGGUGGUUGAUGUAUUUCUUCCAUGGAGUUACGUGGUGGGUGAUGGGACUAACAGCAAUGGUUACAAGUGAACUAUACCCAAAAGCCUUAGUGCAAAUUUCAUCCAUUUUGGCUUUUGCCUAUGCUGGUAUCUUCUGCUUUCUAGCUCUCUUUGCUACCAUAGUAAACCAUGAAAAACUAACAGCUCUCCUUGCGUUAAACAUUCUGUCUUUCCUAGGAGCAAGCUUGCUUUUGCUAUGUAGUUUCAAAAGGUACCAAAAUGAAGGGGUGGGUAGCAAUGCCAACAAUACUCUUUAUAUUCCUAUGAUUGAAGAGAAUAAUGGCAGUGAAAAAAACAAUUCAGGUGCCACACUUGCGCCAUUUUCUACUGCUGGAUUGUUUAGUAAGAUGAUGUUUUUUUGGUUGAAUCCUUUGUUCAGAUUGGGAAGGGAGAAGAUUCUCCAGGAAGACAACAUACCAAAACUAAGAGAUACAGAGAGAGCAGAGUCGUGUUACUUACAGUUUUUAGAUGAGUUGAAUAAGCGGAAACAGACUGAUAAACCACUUGCAGAAUACACAAUAUUCUGGGCAAUUGUUGCAUGCCACUGGAGGCAGAUUCUGACAUCAGGGUUUUUAGCGCUUAUGAAAAUAUUUGCAGUUUCAGCUGGACCAGUUCUGCUGAAUUCCUUCAUUAAGGUUGCUGAAGGUAAAGAAACUUUUAAAUACGAAGGUUAUCUUUUAGCCAUUGCAAUUUUCUUUUCGAAAAUCUUGGAAUCUUUGUCACAAAGGCACUGGUACUUUCAGAGUAGAUUAAUAGGCCUCAAAAUAAGGUCCAUGCUCACAGCAGCAAUUUACAGGAAGCAGCUAAGGUUAUCAAAUGUUGCUAGGACGAUGCAUUCUGGUGGUGAAAUUAUAAAUUAUGUGACUGUCGAUGCUUACAGAAUCGGAGAAUUCCCUUAUUGGUUUCAUCAGAUUUGGACUACAAGCCUCCAGCUGUGCUUGGCAUUGAUUAUUUUAGUAAAUUCAGUGGGACUUGCAGCUAUUGCAGCAUUACUGGUAAUUGUUUUAACCGUUUUUUGCAACACUCCUCUUGCCAAAUUACAGCAUACAUUUCAAAGCAAGUUGAUGGUUGCCCAAGAACACAGGCUUAAGGCUUGCUCGGAGGCUCUUAUGAACAUGAAAGUGCUAAAGUUGUAUGCUUGGGAGACUCACUUCAAGAACGUAAUCAAGGCAUUGAGGAAAGUGGAAUCUAAAUGGUUGUUAGCUGUGCAGAUGCAAAAGGCAUACAACUUUGUCCUCCUUUGGAUAUCUCCAAUGUUGGUUUCUUCUGCUACAUUUGGGGCUUGUUAUUUACUUGGAGUUCCCCUACAUGCCAAUAAUGUUUUCACGUUUCUCGCAACAUUGAAUCUGGUACAAGAGCCCAUCAGAGCUAUUUCUGAUGUCAUCAGUGUUGUGAUUCAAGCAAAAGUUGCAUAUUCACGAAUUGUGAAAUUCCUUGAAGCACCGAACAUUCAAACUCAAAAUGUGCUGAAACAAGGCAGUAUGACCUGCAGAAAUGAUGCCAUUGUCAUCAAGUCGGCUAAUUUUUCAUGGGAAAUCAGUCAAUCCAAUCCAACACUGAAAAACAUAAAUUUAAUUGUUCGCUCGGGUGAACGAAUAGCAAUAUGCGGAGAAGUUGGGUCUGGAAAAUCAGCAUUACUAGCAGCAAUUCUCGGAGAAGUACAAAAGCUGGAUGGAACUGUGGAUGUUUAUGGAAGAAUAGCUUAUGUUUCCCAGACGACUUGGAUACAAACAGGAACAAUACGUGAAAAUAUUCUUUUUGGAUCUAGCAUGAAUGACAUAAGAUACCAAGAGACUCUUCGUAGGUGUUCGUUGGUAAAAGACCUCGAACUUCUUCCUUAUGGUGACUUGACUGAGAUAGGAGAAAGAGGAAUUAAUCUAAGUGGUGGGCAGAAGCAACGUAUUCAACUUGCUCGUGCAUUAUACAAAGAUGCCGACAUUUACCUUUUGGAUGAUCCAUUCAGUGCAGUUGACGCACGCACUGCAACUACCCUCCUCAAUGAAUAUGUUAUGGAAGCUCUUUCUGCAAAGACCGUCUUACUUGUGACACACCAAGUUGAUUUUCUGCCAGCAUUUCAUAGCUGUUUGAUGAUGUCAGAUGGACAAAUCCUUAUAUCAGGCACAUACCAUGAGUUAUUAGCCUCAAGCCAGAAAUUUUUUGACCUUGUAAACGCACACAAAGAGACUGCAAACAGAGAGACACUGGCAGAAGUUGGCACAAUUAAAAGACAAAACUACUCUACCUUGGAGAUUCAAAGAGCCAAUGUUGAGAAUGAAUAUCAAUCAUUAAAAGGGGAUCAGUUGAUCAAACAAGAAGAAAGGGAAAUUGGCGACACUGGUUUUAAGCCAUACUUUAUAUACCUGAACCAGAAUAAAGGCUACUUAUACUUCUCCAUUAACGCUCUUGCUUUUGUGACCUUUUUGACGGGUCAGAUAUUGCAAAACACUUGGAUUGCUUUUGGUGUUGAUAAUCCUCAUGUCACAAAAUCAAAAUUGAUUAUUGUCUACAUCAUCAUUGGGUUCUGCUCGACAUUCUUUUUGCUCAUAAGAGCUUUUACAGUUGUUUUAUUAGGGGCAAAAUCAUCAGAAUCCUUUUCUUCUCAAUUGUUGAACUCUCUCUUUCAUGCAUCAAUGUCUUUCUAUGACUCUACACCUCUUGGAAGGAUAUUAAGUCGGGUGUCCUCAGAUUUAAACAUCGUUGAUCUUGAUAUCCCCUUCAACUUCAUAGGUACUUCCGGAUCCAUUAUAGUUGCAUAUGCUUAUUUAGGAGUAUUAGCUAGCAUUACCUGGCAAGCCUUAUUCGUCAUCAUACCAGUGAUAUACAUGGCACUGCAAUUGCAGCGAUACUACUUUGCAACUGCAAAAGAGUUAAUGAGACUCAAUGGUACAACCAAGUCUCUUGUAGCAAACCAUGUAGCAGAAUCAUUUGCAGGAGCUAUGACGAUUAGAGCUUUCAAAGAGGAAGAUCGAUUUUUUGCUAAAAACCUCGAUCUAAUUGACACAAAUGCAAGCCCAUUCUUCCACAAUUUUGCAGCUAAUGAGUGGCUGAUUCUGCGAGCAGAAACCCUCAGUGCCAUUGUUCUGGCAGCUGCAACAUUUUGCAUCGUUUCACUUCCUGCGGGUACAUUUAGAUCAGGCUUCAUUGGAAUGGCACUAUCAUAUGGUCUUGGAUUGAACACGGGAAUGUUAUACAGCAUUAAAAAUCAAUGCAUAUUGGCUAAUAACAUCAUCUCAGUGGAGAGGCUUCAUCAAUACAUAGAUAUACCUAGUGAAGCUCCAGAAAUCAUCAACGAUAACCGCCCUCCAAUAAACUGGCCUUCAGUUGGUAAAGUGGAUAUCAAUAACCUGACGAUCAGAUAUAGACCAGAUACACCACUUGUUCUUAAAGGAAUCAGUUGUAUUUUUGAGGGAGGAGAUAAAAUUGGUAUUGUUGGAAGGACUGGUAGUGGGAAGACCACCAUAAUAGGGGCAUUGUUUCGCUUAGUGGAACCAGUAGGAGGGAAAAUUAUAGUUGAUGGAAUCGAUUUAUGUUCAAUAGGACUGCAUGAUCUCAGAUCACGUUUUGGAAUUAUUCCUCAAGACCCUACGCUAUUCAAUGGCACUAUAAGGUUCAACUUGGAUCCUUUAAGUCAACAUAAUGAUGAAGAAAUCUGGGAGGUGCUUAUGAAAUGUCAGCUUAAAGAUGUCGUCGAAGAGAAAAACCAACGCUUAGAUUCCUUAGUUGUCGAGGAUGGUUCAAAUUGGAGCAUGGGACAGCGGCAACUGUUUUGUCUAGGGCGUGCGUUAUUGAAAAAAAACAAGGUGUUAGUGCUUGAUGAAGCAACUGCAUCCAUUGAUAAUGCAACUGACAUGGUCCUGCAAAAAACAAUUAGAUCAGAAUUUUCUGCUUCCACUGUGAUCACCAUAGCCCACAGGAUACCAACGGUAAUGGACUGCACAAAGAUUCUUGCCAUUAGUGAUGGAAAACUAAUGGAAUAUGAUGAGCCAAUAAAGCUAAUGAAGAAAGAAGGUUCAAUAGUUGGCCAGCUUGUAAAGGAAUAUUGGUCUCAUGCCCACUCUAUUGGUCACUCGCAUUAAAGAAAAGCCAUGAAAGUGCAGCAAAGUUUGAAUGGAUGGAGAUCCCGAGCUCAUGUAAAUAAAACGACACUAAAGAACAUAGUUCUUUAGCGACAACCCAUCAACAACAGGUCAAAAAUCACAUUGCUAAUGGAAAUACAUGCCUCAAACGACGAGCUUACACAAUAAGGAGUCCAUCGCAAAGGGCUUUAGCAAUGGUUUGCAACGAAUCAGUCAAUAAAGACGGCUCUUUUAUUAUGGAUUCAUGAUUAGCCUAAGUUACUAAUUGAUAUGGGCAUAUGUCCCAACAAGCAAAUAAAACAUUCAUAAGUAUUAGAAUCUGAAACCUUCAUCUGGAAUAGUGAUAUUUACUAGUAUAGCACAUUUUUGGUAAAGUCCUAUUAACUUCUUCAACUUUAUGUAAGAGAUUUGUACUAAAAAAGUAGUUAUCUUUUAUGUAAGUCCUAAGCAACAAUAUAUAAACAUUUGAUUGAACACCAUAAUUAUCAUUACAUCCAGUC